AUGGGCUUAAGCAAGUUUCACGAACAUGAUAUUUUAAAUUAUAUAAGUGCCUUGUCCCACUUGAUUAUUGAGGUCCAUGUGGAUGAUCUAUUAGUCAUGGGUAAGAAUGACAGUGACAUUAGCAAAUUCAAAGAUCAAAUGAUGAAUUUCUUCCAUAUGAGUGAUUUUGGACAACUUUGCUCCUAUUUGGGCAUUGAAGUGGCACAAGGAGGAGUUAGAAUCACCUUGUCACAGAAAGCCUAUGCACUUAAAAUAGUGGUGUUGCAAGGAUGAGGGAGUGCAAUCCAGUCCAUGCUCCACUUGAAGCCAAAGUUAAAUUCAGUCAACAGAAUUCAAGAUCAUCAAUUAACUCUACUUACUUUCGUAAUCUCAUCGGAAGUAAGGUAUUUGACUCACACUCACCCUGAUUUGACUUUCUCUAUGGGAUUACUAAGCAGGUUUAUGGAGCACCCCGCUUCAGAACAUCUCUCAAGGAUCAAGCGGAUUCUAAGGUAAGUAAGAGGUACAAUUGACUAUGGCUUAGUCUAUGAGAAAGGGCAGGCAGAAGCAAAAUUAGUCAGUUAUAGUGAUAGCGACUUUGCUGGUGAUGUGGAAGAUUAG